AUGGUAAACGAUAAAAAACUAUUAUUCAAAGAUCGUGUUGUAGUGAUCACUGGUGGUGGUGGUGGUCUAGGUAAAGUCUAUGCAAUUGAAUUUGCCAAGAGGGGUGCUAAAGUUGUUGUCAAUGAUUUAGGUGGAUCUGUAGAAGGAUCCGGUAAAAAAUCUGCAUCUCCAGCCGAUGUUGUUGUUAAAGAGAUUGUAGAUAAGUAUAGAGGAACUGCUGUUGCCAAUUACAAUUCAGUCACUACAGAAGGUAAAGAAAUCAUUCAAACUGCAAUUAAAAAUUAUGGUAGAGUGGAUAUUUUGAUUAAUAAUGCCGGUAUUUUAAGAGAUGUUUCGUUUGCAAGGAUGAGCCCAGAACAAUUUAAUUCAGUCAUUGAUGUACAUUUGAACGGUGCUUAUCAAUUAACAAAGGCUGCUUGGCCAUAUAUGAGAGACCAACGGUAUGGUAGAAUCAUUAACACUGCUUCUCCAGCUGGGCUAUACGGUAAUUAUGGACAAGCUAAUUAUUCUGCAGCCAAAUUAGGACUUGUAGGAUUGGGUGAAACUUUGGCUAAAGAAGGUUAUAAGUACAACAUUACUGUCAAUUCAAUUGCUCCAUUAGCAAGAUCAAGAAUGACUGAAGGUGUCAUUCCACCACAUAUCCUACAACAACUAGGACCAGAAAAGAUUGCUCCUUUAGUCUUAUAUUUGACACAUGAAUCUACUAAAAUAACCAACUCAAUUUUUGAACUGGCUGCAGGGUAUUUUGGUCAGAUUAGAUGGGAAAGAUCAUCAGGCCAAAUAUUCAACCCUAACUCAGAGACUUUCACCCCAGAAGCAGUCUUACACAGAUGGAGUAGUGUGGUAGAUUUUAAGCAUGACAAACCUUUUAAAGGUGUUGAACAUCCAAAUCAAUUAGCAGAUUAUAAUAAAUUAAUUACAGCAGCAAAGCAAUUACCAGAUUCGAACCCACAAGGCCCUGUAAAUAUUAAUUCACUAAAGGGCAAAAUUGUAAUUGUUACAGGUGCUGGCAGCGGUCUUGGUAGAUCUCAUGCCUUGUGGUUUGCAAGAUACGGCUCUAAAGUGGUUGUUAAUGAUUUGAGUGAUCCACAAUGUGUAGUCGACGAAAUCAAUUCAUUGUAUGGUAAAGGUGAAAUUGUAGCAAUCAAAGAUAUUCAUAAUGUUGUUACGGAAUCUAAAGAGAUUAUUGAAACUGCCUUACAAAAAUUUGGCCGUGUAGAUGUCUUAGUUAAUAAUGCAGGUAUUUUAAGAGACAGAAGUUUCUUAAAAAUGUCCGAUGCUGAAUGGGACAUGGUAUUGAAAGUCCAUUUGUAUUCAACUUUCAACAUGUGUAAAGCUGUUUGGCCUGUAUUUUUAAAACAACAUUCAGGUUUCAUUUUAAAUACUACUUCUACCUCGGGUAUUUAUGGUAAUUUUGGUCAAGCAAAUUAUGCGGCUGCUAAGGCUGCAAUCUUGGGGUUUUCAAGAACUUUAGCCAUUGAAGGUUUAAAGAAAAAUAUUAUUGUUAAUGCCAUUGCUCCACAUGCAGAAACUGCUAUGACAAAAACAAUUUUCUCUGAAAAGGAAUUGGCAAACCAUUUUGAUCCUUCUCAAGUGUCUCCAUUUGUUGUAUUAUUAUGCUCUAAAGAAUUACAAAAAAAACAGGAGUCUGGAAAGUUAGUCACAGGCCAAUUAUUUGAAGUUGGUGGAGGGUGGUGUGGUCAAACAAGAUGGCAAAGAAGUCCUGGAUUUGUAAGUCUGAGUGAACAAAUUACCCCAGAAAUUAUCAGAGACAAUUUUUCUAAAAUUACGGAUUUCCCAGCACCUACAAGUACUCAUCCAAAUUCUACACAAGAAUCUUCAAUGUCAAUUUUACAAUCUGUACAAAAUGCACAAUAUAAAGCCAAUUCUGAUUUAAUUUUUGAUUAUAAUUAUAAAGAUUGUAUUUUAUACAACUUGGGAAUAGGCUGUGAUACCUCUCAAAUGAAAUAUGUCUAUGAAAAUGAUCCUGAAUUUCAAGUUCUACCAACAUUUGGUGUAGUUCCUUCAUUGAACUCAUCAGGGCAGUUAGGCUUGGAUAAAUUAGUGGAUAACUUUAAUUAUUCAAUGCUAUUACAUGGUGAACAAUAUCUACAUUUAUUCCAAUCACCAAUGAAAACUUCAGCUAGAUUGAGAACUGUAGCCAAGCCAGUUCAAGUGAUUGAAAAAGCACAUAAGGCUGCAAUUGUUGUUGGAGGAUUUAAAACAUACGAUGUAGAUACGAACGAAUUAGUGGCAUAUAAUGAAGGAACAUACUUUAUCAGAGGUGCUUCUGUUCCUGAGGGAAAGGUAAUUCCAGGUACCAAUAGACCAUCGUUUGCAAUCCAACAGUUCGUUGCUCCUGUGGAUAAAAGCCCAGAUUAUGAAUUUGAAGUCGUCACUGAUGAAAACCAAGCUCUAAUAUACCGUCUAUCUGGAGAUUUUAAUCCAUUACAUAUAGACUCAAAAUUAGCCAAGGCUGUUAAAUUCCCGAAACCAAUUUUACAUGGCCUAUGUACGUUGGGUAUAUCAUGUAAGGUUUUACUGGAGAAGUUUGGUGCUUUUUCUGAAUUAAAAGUAAGAUUUACUAAUGUUGUUUUCCCAGGUGAUAAGUUAAAAGUUAGAGCAUGGAAAGUGAGAAGUAGAAUUGUUAUUUUCCAAACAAUUGAUGUUAGCCGUGGUGGAAUUGUGGUACUAGAUAACGCUGCAAUAAAACUUUCAGAGCCAGAAUCAAAAUUAUAA